GGAGGAGAACGGAAUGAUGGGAUCGAGUGUCAAAUUGUACCGUUCUAGUUGCUGAACAUGGCUGAUUUAGGAGAGAGAGGCCAGGUGCAACGGAAUGAUAGUACCCCAGCGUUGCAAGAUGAAAGUGACCCAAAGAAAAAAGAUUUAUUAAUCUGCAAAGCUGAGGGCAAGGAGCUGUCCAAGGAGGAGAAGCAACGGCUGCGAAAAGAGAAGAAGCAGCAGAAGAAAAACAAGAAGGAGGACAAGGGUUCUGCAGACAAUGAGAAAGAGAAGAAAGCAGUUGUUCCUGCCAUUGGACAGCAGACCCAGACACAGAAAGCUCCCCAGUUAGGCUCGGUGUCUGAGGCCCCAGCAGGAGUAGAGAAGUCUGCCCCAGCCAAGAGCAAAGCAGAGCUGCGCGCAGAGAGAAGAGCCCGGCAGGAAGCGGACCGAGCUGCCAAAACAGGCAAAAAAGACCCCGGUCAGCCCCCUUCUACUGCCAAGCCUAAGGCUCUUCCCAGUGAACCACAGCCAGUUGUGAAGCGGCUUCCAGAGCACAUUCAAGUGGAUGAUCCUGCAGUGCUGAAGAAGCUGGCCAAGAAAUUGGAAAGGCAACAGAUUCCACUGAGAUCCGAGUAUGGGCACAAAGUCAGUCUCUUCUCCCAUCUGCAUCAGUACAGUCGAAAAGCCCCACUGACCCAGCAGAUAAGCAUUCCCUCCACAGUGAUCCACCCCUCUAUUGUGCGCCUAGGGCUGCAGUAUUCUCAUGGCAUCAUUGCAGGGUCCAACUCCCGCUGUAUAGCCUUGUUACACAGCUUCAAGCAGAUUAUCCAUGACUAUACGACCCCCCCAAAUGAGGAGUUGUCCAGAGACCUUGUCAACAAACUGAAGCCGUAUAUCAGUUUUCUCAAUCAGUGUCGACCUCUCUCUGCCAGCAUGGGAAAUGCAAUCAAGUAUCUAAAAAAAGAAAUUUCCAACAUUUCAAGCCAGUGCAAAGAAGAAGAGGCAAAGUCUAAACUGCUGAGCUGUAUCGAUAGGUAUAUUGAGGAGAAGAUUCAUUUGGCAGCGAAAGCCAUCUCCAAAUCUGCCUUUGAGAAAAUCAGUGACGGAGAUGUGAUCUUAGUCUAUGGGUGCUCCUCCCUUGUGAACUACAUCCUGUGUGAUGCCUACGAGAGGGGCAGGAAGUUCCGUGUGAUUGUUGUGGACAGCCGGCCCAGGCUGGAGGGCAGGGAGGCCCUGCGGAGGCUGGUGAGGAAGGGCAUCUGCUGCACCUAUGUCCUCAUCACUGCCAUCUCCUACAUACUGCACGAGGUGUCUAAGGUGUUUGUUGGUGCCCACGCACUCUUGGCCAAUGGUUAUGUGAUGUCACGGGUGGGAACAUCUCAAAUAGCUUUGGUUGCCAAAGCAUUCAAUGUGCCUGUGUUGGUGUGCUGCGAGACCUACAAGUUCUGUGAAAGAGUGCAAACAGACUCAUUUGUAUCCAAUGAACUUGACGAUCCAGAUGACCUGAUUGUGACACGGAAAGGAAAUACGCAGCUGGAGAAAUGGCAGGAAAUAAGCUCACUCCGCCUUUUGAACUUGGUCUACGACGUCACGCCACCAGACUUUGUGGAUCUAGUGAUCACAGACUUGGGCAUGAUCCCCUGCACUUCUGUACCUGUGGUACUGCGUGUGAAGAAUGUAGAUCAGUAAAGGAGCACUUGGAGCACUGAAGGUGUUACAGCUGCUCUAUCUCAAUGUGUGAUUUUUUUUUUUUAAUUUGGUUUGUAUCAUGACCAAAGCAAGUAUGUAUAUUACUUGGGAAAAGUGAAAUUGAAUCCAUGCUUAAUGACAAGGAAAAACAUAUUUUUUCCCUUUAGUGAAAUUUUAAAAGAAUGCAUGAUAUUUAUAUCAAAGCAUUUUAUUUCUAGCAGUUACAUCACUGUUAAAUAUUUAAAAUGAUCAAUUAAUAGAAAAAGAAUGCAGCCAUGGAGGAUGCAGGUGUAUUGCAUUUAUUUGUACUUAACUGCAGUUGAACUUCUAAUUAAAGCACUGUCCUUAUGCUCAA